AAAUUUCCAUCGACUCGAAGCAAUGGCGGACGCACCGAAGAAGGGCGUGGCCAACGUCACGCGGCGAACAUGGGACAAGGCGUUCUUCGCGCAGAAGGCGGCGCUGCGCGCCAACGGCCUCCUCGAGGAAGAGGUCAAGUCGACCAAGCAAAUCUCGGAGCGCGAAGAGUUCCAAGCCGCGCCGGAUGGCGCCGCGGGGCCCAUUGGCUCGUCGCGCGCCUUCCUCAAGGCGCGAACCAAGCAGGUCGAGCUGGAAGAGAAUGUGGGGAAGACCGUCGUGCUCAAGGCCGACGAGACGAUGAAGGGCACGGGCUACUACUGCGAGGUAUGCGAGGUCACGCUCAAGGACUCGGUCUCGUACAUCGACCACAUCAACGGCAAACGCCAUCUGCGACGACUCGGCUUCUCCAUGCGUGUUGAAAAGGUCGGUGUUGAGGCAGUCAAGGAGCGCCUCAACCUCGCCUCCAAGCGCAAGUGGGACCCGACGGUCACCAAGAAGCCGGACGCCGUCGAAGCGUACGAGAAGAAGCUGGCCGAGAUGGAUGCGGAAGCCAACCUCAAGAAGAAGCAAAAGAAGGAGGCGAAGAAGCAGCAGAAAGAAGAGGCACCGGUCAACGUUUUUGCGACCGAAGACGAGGAAGCCAUGAUGGCCAUGAUGGGCUUCGGCGGGUUUCAGUCGACCAAGAAAAAGUAAAGCGUCGUCGUAAUAUACAGCAUCAAUUUCGUAUGGACUCA